AUGUCAUUUUGGGACAACAACAAAGAGUCAAUUAAAUCAGCUGGUAAAUCAACUGUGAAGGGAAUUACCAGUGGCACAAAGGCAGUGGGACAGGCAGGCUAUAGAACCUACAAAAAGAAUGAGGCCAAACGGAAGGGUAUUGAAUAUCAUGAUCCAAUUGAAAAAGAGUCGAAAAGUGGUGAGACAUACGCCCCUUAUAACCCAAGUCCUUUGCCUUCAAAGGACAAAUUGAAUUCGUAUCAACCUCCACCAAAAAGAAAUGUGGCCACUUUUAGUGUUCCCAAGAGAGGUGAAGUUUCUCAAUAUUCUGCGCCUGCGCCUGCGCCUUCCCCUACAUACAAUCAAGGUUCGUAUCCUGCAAACCAACAACAGUACCAGCCUUCGAAUGAAAUUCAAACAAGCAGUACUUACCAGGAGCCACCUCCAGUAUAUCUGGUUAGUUCUACCGGUGAGACACAGGGAUUUCCCGCGGGAAGUGAAUAUCUGAGAGUAGCUCCUCCGACUCCACCUACUACUAGUUGUACGCCAGCUAAUCAAAGUAGUUUUGGUGUUCAGCCUCAAACGACGUCAUUAAACACAAGUAAUACGAUUCAGAACUCACAACAACAGUAUAAUGGUAUGCUGAGACAAUCAAUUGCAGCACCAGAGUUUCCACCGUUGCAGCACCAGUCAGGGAACGUGGUUCAUGCGCCAUUGCCCGCACAAGUGUCCCAAAAAAGUAAUAUUCCUCCAUCACUUCCAUCAAGAACAUCAGUUUCAAGUGUGGUAAGUUCGACGUCUCUGCAAAGUGUGGGACAAGGGAGUUUUACAAACGAACACGAACAACCGAAACCUAAGCCAGCUUUGCCCGACCCUGGAUCGUUUGCGCCACCACCGAGAAGGCAUGAUCAACAACCGAUCAAACCUAAAAUCUUAGCUAACAAUUCAACCACAGAAUUAAAGAACGUUCUGACUCCAUUGACGCAAGGACAGGGCUCAAAUAUCGAUAUUGGAUUAUCUUCGGUGAAACAUUUCAAGGAAACCGAGCGUCAAUCAGGUUAUAAUGAUAGUCUGCUGAAACCACCAUCGUUACCAAGUAGAACAAGUUCUGCUCACUCUAAUAUACCUUUGAAACAAAAGCCACCCAAACCAAAGAAACUUCAUAGUGAUUCACCAAGUACGUCUACUCACACACCAGGAUAUAACUCAAAUUCCACUAAUAGCAUUCUAUCAGCUCGAAAUGAGGAAAAAUACUCCAACCCUCCAAAACCUCCUAGACCAGUUGAAGACGAGGAAUAUACAAAUCCCCCAAAACCUCCUAGACCAGUUGAAGACGAAGAAUACACGAACCCUCCAAAACCUCCUAGACCAGUUGAAGACGAGGAAUAUACAAACCCCCCGAAACCUCCUCGUCCACAGAAUCAGACUCCUUCUGGAAUGCCACAACGAGCUAUACCCGAUGCCACUGGACUUUCUAAUAAAAAACCUCCUCCACCUAAACCUUUGAAAAAGCCUUCAACAUUGGAUGGAUCUACAAAUGCGCCUCCGGUAUAUUCAGAAUUUGACAAGGCAUUCAGUAAACCAAACCAAACAAAUUCAAAAUCUUCAAACUCACAAAGUGCAGUCCUGAGUGAAUUAAACAGUAUUUUUCAAAAAAUGAAUAUUAACCAAACUGCAACUGAGGCACCUAAACCAAAACCAGUACCAAAAGCGAAACCCGAGUCACUUACUAAGAAACACGAACAACUGGAAACUAUUUCACCAAUAACAACAAACACUAAACCACCGCCACCCCCGCGUCGUAUCUCUACACCCCAAAAAUCCCCUUCGCCACCACCAGUUCCUCCAGUAAGGAACUAUAACAGAGCUCCGGCACCACCACCACCACCACCAAAGCAAUCCGGUCCUCCAAAUUUAGAUUUAGAGUUAUCAAGUGGUUGGUAUGCCAAAACCAAUGGAACUUUGCAGUUACCUAAAGUAUUUGAUGGAACCAAUCACAAGUUUUCGUAUACGACAUCAUCAAGCUCUUACGGAAAAAGUACUACAAAUUUAACUGUAAGGCUUAAGGACCUAUCCAUUAUUACCUAUAAAUUUGAGUACAGCAACAAGGACAUUAGUAAUGUAAAUGUGGUUAUUGAGAAAUAUAUCCCUUCUCCAAUCGAUUCAAUUCCUUCCAAGCAAGAGCUCAUUGCUAAUCAUCAAAGGUUUGGGGAGUACAUUGCAUCCUGGUGUGAACAUCACAGAGGCAAGACCGUCGGCCGAGGUGAGUGUUGGGAUUUGGCCAAAGAAGCAUUACAAAAAGGAUGCGGAAAUCAUGCAUUUGUAUCUAACUAUGUCAUUCAUGGUUAUCCGAUAUUGCAGAUAGCCAAUACAGGUAGUGGAAUUUAUUUCAUCAACAAUUCAUUGCAGCUCGAUGAGGUAAGAAGAGGUGAUAUUUUACAGUUCAACGCUUGCACAUUUUAUGAUGCUAGCACAGGAGUUACCCAAUCUGCAGGUGCACCAGAUCAUACUUCAGUAGUAGUUGGUAAAACGGGGGACAAAUUGAUGGUUUUGGAACAAAAUAUGGGUGGUAAACGAUACGUUGUUGAUGGUGAAAUAAAUUUGAAGAAUUUAACAAAAGGUGAAGUUUACGUUUAUAGAGCCAUGCCACAUGAAUGGGCUGGUGAAUUGUAG